AAAUGUAUGGUGGGGAAAUUAAUCACCCACCACAAGUUGAAAAGUGUGGGGGAGAACUCAAAUGUCAAUUAAUUAUUUUCAGUAGUUUGUUCGCCUUCGAGUUUCACGUCGCCGCCUCCGGCUUUCCACAAAUUUCCAGUUUCUAAAUUUAAUGUGAUCCGGUCCGUGAAAAUUCCAAAAAAAAAUGGGCGAAAGAGACGAGAGCAAAAGUUACAGCCACCGAAUUUCCAAAUUGAUUUUCGCAUUUGUGGAAUGUUUUUUCCAGUUCCUGUUCGGACUGGUUUACGGGGGGGCCAAAGAGGCGAUGCCUCCGAUCAAGGAUUUGUUACUUUUGGAAUCGGCCAGCGCUAUUGCUUUGAAAAUCAGAACUAAAAAGAUCACUAGUGAACAAGUCCUCGACUCCUUCAUAGAAAGAAUAAAAGAAGUGAAUCCAGUACUGAAUUGUGUCGUGGCCGAUCGAUUUGAUGAGGCCAAAAAGGAAGCUCAAGAAGCGGACGAACGUGUAAGAUCUGGAACGGUAUCUGAAGAAGUUUUAGCUAAAGAAAAACCGUUUUUGGGCGUACCUUUCACCACUAAAGACUGUAUAAGCGUCAAAGGUCUGAUCCAUUCUUCGGGCCUUUUCUGUCGCAAGCACAUCCGUGCCGAAUCCGACGCGGCAGUAAUAGAGCUCUUAAAAAAAGCAGGUGCCAUCCCCAUCGGCCUCACCAAUGUCUCAGAACUGUGCAUGUGGUGGGAGAGUGCCAACAAUGUCCACGGAAGAAGUAACAACCCUUAUGAUACCACAAGAAUAGUAGGAGGCUCCUCCGGAGGUGAAGGGUGCGCUCAAGCAUGUGCGGCUUCCGCUUUUGGUAUUGGUUCUGAUAUUGGUGGUUCUAUUAGGAUGCCGUCGUUUUUCAAUGGGAUUUUCGGGCAUAUGCCUACACCUUUGACUGUGCCAUUGGCCGGACAAUAUCCUGAACCUGUCAGCGACGAGCAAAGGAAGUUUUUAAGAAUUGGGCCUAUGUGUCGUAGAGCUGAAGAUCUUUUACCUUUGCUCAAAGUAAUAACGAGUAAUUCGCCAAGGCUGCGGUUAGAUGAGCCUGUAGAUCUGAAGAAAAUCAAAUUUUAUUAUCAAGAAAGCGACGGAGGCUCAAAAAUGGUUUCAGCAGUAGCUCCUGAUAUAAAAGCUUUAUUUGCCAAAGUUGCAAAGCAUUUAGAGAAAGCACACGAUAUUAAAGCCAAUAAAGUAAACUUGAAAAGAUUCAACAAAAGUGGCCCCAUAUGGUUUGCCAACAUGAAGUCUGAAUCAGGACCAACAUUCGCUGAACAAUUAACCAAUUUGGAAGGUAAAAUAAACCCAUGGUGGGAAUUGGUGAAAUGGGUGGUCAGGAAGUCAAAUCAUUCCUUAGUGGCUAUAGCAACUUGCCUUGUAGAGAAAAGUGGCUGCUCGUAUGGUGACGAAAAGUAUAAAUAUUUGGUUAGCGAAAGAGAUCAGUUUAGGUUUGAAAUGUCAGAUUUGCUAGGCAAAGACGGUGUAUUUUUGUAUCCAACACAUCCUACCUCAGCACCUUACCAUAACCAACCUCUGGCUAAGCCUUUUAAUUUUUCAUAUACAGGCAUAAUAAAUGUCCUUAAGCUUCCAGCGACCCAUAUUCCAAUGGGUUUAGACAGAAACGGGCUCCCUAUAGGCAUUCAAGUGAUUUCCAAUGAAGAAAACGAUAGACUUUGUAUAGCAGUUGCUAGAGAAUUAGAAAAAGCUUUUGGUGGUUGGGUACCACCUGAAGUAAUAGCAUAAAUCGAUUUUGUGAAGCUAAUAUGACCAACAUUUUUUAAAUACAACUCCUGGACUGGAAAUUUCUCUCGUUAAAACCUGCAGUUUAUCUACUGUUGUGUGCCAAUUGAUGUUCAAGCUUCAAAUGUAAAGCUGUUGUGAAAAAAAUCUAUGUGUGGAUAUUGCAUUUAAUAUUUUAUAUUGUAAAAGCAGUAUUUUUCUAUUUCUAUUGUAUAGCUCUAAAAAAAAUCUGUUGCUCAUAUACAGUUUUCAUUUAUAUUUUUACUAUGAUAUUUUUUUAAUGUUGUCUAUUUCAAUAGCAAUUAUAUAAUUAUUUAUACCAAC